CGAUCGAGCUACAAAGACUAGCGCAGCCUGUCUGACAUCGUCGCGUCUGGGAGGGAGGUCGGAUACCGCCAAUUGCCAGUGUCGCCAUCAGAUGGGUGAUUGUGUGAACAACGUUCCUGAUUAAUCAACUCCAACUUCACUUCACAAUGGCUUCCAAACCUCUCACGAUCGUCAUCAAGCUAGGGACGAGUUCCAUCGUGGAUGAGAACACCCAUGAGCCUAUACUGUCGAUAUUGACCUUGAUUGUCGAAACUGCCGCCAAACUUCAUCGCGACGGACAUAAUGUCGUGCUCGUUUCAUCCGGAGCUGUCGGCGUCGGUCUACGGAGAAUGGAUAUCGAGGAGAGGCCCAAACACUUGCCCCGUAUACAGGCUUUGGCAGCAGUUGGGCAAUGCAGACUGAUGAGUCUUUGGGACGGUCUUUUCUCGCAUCUCCGUCUCCCCGUCGCACAGAUCUUGUUGACCAGGAACGACAUUGCGGAUAGGACACAAUAUCUCAACGCUCAGAAUACCUUCGCACAGUUAUUUGACAUGGGUGUGAUUCCCAUCGUCAAUGAAAACGACACUCUCGCAGUCUCGGAAAUCAAAUUCGGUGACAACGACACACUGUCGGCAAUAACAGCAGCUAUGGUCAAAGCCGACUACCUCUUCUUAAUGACGGAUGUCGACUGUCUAUACACGGCUAACCCACGCCACAACCCGGAUGCGAAGCCUAUCGAGGUCGUCACGGAUAUUUCAUCUUUGGAGGCUGAUGUUUCGUCUGCCGGAUCCUCUUUAGGGACAGGAGGCAUGAGUACCAAGAUCGUCGCUGCCAAGUUGGGAACCAGUGCGGGCGUGACCACAAUCAUCACCAAAAGCUCCAAACCGGGUAAUGUUCAUGAAAUUGUCAGAUACCUUCAGCAAACGGAGCAACUUGACCUGGGGUCCGAAGAGUCUUCAGGCUCGCCAGACUUGCCCACUCCGCCCCCACUACACACUCGAUUCAUUCCCUCGGAAACCCCGAUUCAGUCUCGGUCUUUCUGGCUUCUUCAUGGCCUGAAACCUCGAGGUACACUAUAUAUUGAUCAUGGCGCUUAUAGUGCUCUCCAGAAAAAGGCUGGCUUGCUUCCGGCAGGUGUCUUAGGGGUGGAAGGACAUUUUGGCCAACAGGAAGCAGUGCGCCUGGUUGUGGUAGAGAAGAUCUCUCCAGACGCUUUGAAUGGGGAGUUCCUUCAUCAUGGCCAGGAGCCGAAGGAAGUUGGGCGUGCCCUAGUCAAUUACGGCAGCAGUGAAAUCAUCCGCAUCAAGGGCCAGAGAAGCACACAUAUUCAGUCACUACUUGGUUAUGCAGAUAGUGAAUAUGUGGCUCUUCGAGAAAACAUCUCUUUCACACAAAAUAACGAUAGUCCACGUCACUGAAACGCAAAUGCUUCUAACAUUCUGCUAUCUUGAGAAGGAGAAGGAACGAUCGAUGAGUAACAGACAACUAUAUAAUUAGAAUUGCAUAUAACAAAAGUAUAGGCUAAACAAUG